CUUGUAGAUAUUACAUUUAUUAAACAUUUAAAACCUUUACAAUGAAUAAUACAUUUAAAUUUUUUAUUUUUUUAGGGAAAACCCAUCUUUGCCGUGAACUCAUGGUUUAAGUGGGUAUAAAGAUGAGUAUAAGCAGUGAUGAGGUUAAUUUCCUGGUGUACAGAUAUUUACAAGAAUCGGGUGAGUAGAUUAUGAAUUCCGUGUGAAUUGAUUAGUUGACUGUUGUGUUGGGCAAAAAAAACAGACCAGAGCUAUGUAUCAGAAGUUAUGUUGCAGCAGCUAAUACAUUUCAUGUUAGAAAGGACUCUCCCAGCACAAGAACUGCUACAAUUCAUUGUAGUUGGAACUUGUGGCUGCAAACUUUGAAAUCCCUUGCCCUUUGUGGAAUUUAUUUGAAUGUAUGGCAAAUAGACUCCACCCCUCCCUACAGGUGUGAUUUAUGGAAGCAUUAUUUCCACAUUAAUCGGACCAAGUACACUUAUAACUUGAAUGUACUACAUACCGUCAUUGUGCUAUUCAGUCUUUAUUACUUGUAGGAGCCAUAUUGUGAACAGGCAUGCCCACACACAACACUAAUUCCUGUACAGCUCAAACCACUGUAUUACAUGUUCAGUAGUCUGACCUAAUCUCAUCUGCUCACUAAUGCUUGAACUAGGGCCUCAAAAUGUCCAAUCGCCCCUAGUAAUUAGUGAGUGAAACUGUAAUCCUGGCGAGUAGAAAUUCAGUAGUGUCACCAUUUUUUAUUUAUUGAUUUUUUUUUUAUUUUUUAUUUUUUUUAAAUGGGGCAAUCACACGAUCGUAUAAAUGCCAGCUUUAAGGGGGCAGAUCUUAACCACAAAGCCGAGGGAAUGCCAUACUGCACAGCCCCCGCAAUCUGACAUUUGUAGAACCAAAUAAUUAAUUACUCUAGCCAGUUUUUGCAGAAACUCAGCCAGCACUUAGCUGAGGGGAUCCUACCAAUCUUUGAAAAAUGUUUUUUCCUAUGCGACAUUGGCAGGACUGAGGCAUACUCUUCUUCACACUUUGCCAGUUCUAUAGGUCUUGAACGUGACCACCUAUGCAGAGGAGAUCCUGCACACGUGGCAACUGACAGUUACACAGAUGGGGCAAAGAUCUCAAAAACUCCAGGUUGGUGCACAGAGACCAGAGACAUAGGCACUCUUUUUCAGCACUGUGUAAAAAAACAAGAUAGCCAACACCUCAUACCUCACACCUAUGCAAAUCGGCUUAAUUGCCCACUCUCUUCACAAACAACCCUCUCCGCUCACUAUGGGGCCUUUGAAGAUACAGCUCUUGCUAAUCUGUAAAUAAAAAAUCUCCUGCAGGAUAUUCAAAAGUUAUUGCCAGCAGAUAUCGCUGUGGUGAAAGUUGACUUUCAACCACUGUUACUGCCAGCGUUAGUCACUGAGGAAGACUUCUUGGAUCUUCAGCAAAAUUAUAACCUCACUAACUGAAAAUAUGCAACAUUUACAAUCCAUCCAGCAUACCCUUUCAAUUGCUAAAUGACUGUAGUAGGCACAACAAUCUUGAAAUUAGAGUAAUACCUGAUUCCAUUGCUAUGGAAGAACUGCUUCAUUACCUACGUCACCUAAUGACCUCUAUCUUCUCUCCGAGACUUUUUUUUUUUUUUUGGGUUUUGAUGGGGCCUAUCGCAUAAAUCUUCACUGGCACCAUAAUCCGCCACAUGUGACUUAUUUGCAAGAUGUCCCUUAUUCUUGGAGAAACUUCAAAUUACCACAGCAUUCAAGGCAAAACCCCCAAUUGAUUUGAAUCAUCUAAUUUCUCUUAAUUCAACGAUUUUACCAGAUCCACACUUCAAUGGAGAAGAUCAUUACACCCAGAGGCUACAAGAAGCUAGCAUUAAAUAUAUAUGGAUAGCAUCAUGCUUCCUGUCCGUCCCCUAUAACAGAAAUGUCUUCAAGAUUGCAUUGAUAAAAGAAGCUCCUGCUUUACGUCAUUGGGACUCUCAGUGCCAGCACUGGCUGCUUAUAGCCCCACAUCUAAACACACCUGAUACUCAGCCAGGAUUAGUCGCCUUCGUACCCAGAGGUGGAGAUGAUUCCUACCCAGGGAUUUGAGUUUGAGUAGAGACUGAGCAAGAGAACUUAGACUUCCAAGAAGAGCACAGUUGUAUUAUUAUUUACUGUUUUCCUUAUGAUCUUUAAUUUUAUUCCUUGUUAUAUGAAACAGGUUUUCCAUUCAGCCUUGUGGCUGUAAUUAUUGUUAAGCCUUGGCUGCCACAUAUGGCAGUAAAACCUCAUCCCACCCCCCUGGGUAAGAACUCCCUGUUGAGCUUAAACCACAUUAAGUGGAGGCAGUUUAGUUUGUGACCUUAAUAUGAUCCAAAUAUAUCCAAUGUUCCAUAUAUUCUCCCGGGUUUAUCUAAACUCCAGGUUACGUUAGAUUGUUGACAUCCGCACCAAGAUAUAUAUAGUGUGUGUGUGUUUUUAAAUAAUCUGUCAAACAAGUGCCAAAUUUCUCAAGGUAUUUUUCCAUUGUUUAUUUGCAGCUAUAGCAUGACUGAUUCUAUAGCCAAAUAUGCUUACAAGGUUAACUUGAAAUGUUAUGAGGAGUGUUGCGUAAUGUGUUUUUGUUUGUUUUGACAAAAUUCCCCUUUCUGCAGGAUUUUCCCAUUCAGCAUUUACGUUUGGUAUAGAAAGCCAUAUCAGCCAAUCUAAUAUCAAUGGUGCCCUAGUGCCACCAGCUGCUUUAAUCUCCAUCAUUCAGAAAGGAUUGCAGUACGUGGAGGCAGAAGUUAGCAUUAAUGAGGUAAGGGAUUUAAAAUAAAUAAAUACAUUUGUGGCUGGGUAUCUGCUUCUAUUGAAUUGCCACAAUUCCAGCAGCUUUAUUGAGAAUUUCAAAUGUUAAUAAUAUUUUAAUAAUAAGUGAUCUUAGCAGGUGUGAUAUGUUCUUAAGUGCACAUUCAAAUGAGGGUUCACACACAUUCUUACGAUGCUACUGAAAUAAGUAAUACAAUUAAAGGGACUUUAUAGGCACACAGAUCACUUCAUCUCAAUAAAGACCACCUGGGUGCCAGGAAAUGGUUAUAGAUCAAAUGUCCCCCCUAGAGAGUGUUUGUUUGGCACAGUAUUAAGAAUGCUUUCCUAUGGGAGAGCAUUUGAUUGGCUGAGAUUGAAACUGAUGUUAAUCGCCAGGAAGAGCACAAGACUGGUGCACCAUGGGAUGUAAGGCAAGUAAAUCUUACACGUGCGGCGGGGUGUAUUUUUAAUGUUGCAAUAUUGGUAUUCCUGUGUUCUUUUAAGGCAGCUAAGGAAGGCGUUGAGAAAUGUUGCCACCCCAAAAAAAAAUUUCCAAUCCAUUUGAAAAAUAGUUGCACCAUAGAAUAUUAGUAUCUGUUUGUAUGGGUAUGUUGAUUAGGAGCAUAAAAUCCAUGUCUAGACCUUUUUUAUGAGAUAGUCAUAUGGUCGAUGCUACAGGAGUUGGUGAUGCCAUCUUCAUUGGCUUCUGCCCCUACCAGUUUGCUAAAUUUGGUAUGUGGGGUAGACUUUAUUAUGUCAAUAAACUAAAGAAAGACCAGGCAUAAAUUUGCCUCUGCUAAAAGUAAUAAAUGGGCAAAACAAGAGGCUCACAAAUGUUACAAAUGCCAGGUGUAGGAAUUAAAGUCCCCUGUACAAUUUUAAAUGAUGAGUUUGGAUCCUCAGAGUACACUAAGCAUGUAGAGCUUAAUUCCUGGCAUGCCUUCGGAGCAUGUCUUUCAUCAUAACAGUGUGCAUAUCAAUACGGGGUGGAUUCUCGUUUUUCGUUCUCUCUCGCUCUCAUUUUUUUUCUUCUUUCUUUCUCUAAAUGUAUUUAUUUUUUAUUUGGUUGUGUUUACAUAGAUGCUUUUAACACCUUAAAUUAACACACUAGUCACCAGCCCCAGUACAGCUUUAAUGUAGUGGUUCUGGUGUCUAUAGCAUGUCCCUGCUGUGUUAGCACGGUAAACACUUCAUUUUCAGAGAAAAGAUUGUUUACGUUGCUGACUGGUAGCAGCUCUAGUGGCUAUCAUUCAGGCGACCACUAGAGGUGCUUCCUAAUCCAGUGUAGCACUGACAUUCAGCGUCUCCACGCUCUGCAUGUAGACACUGAAUGUCCCCUAUAGAGAUGCAUUGAUCCAGUGCAUCUCUACAAGGCGAUACUGAUUGGCGCUGCAUUUUGCUGUGUAUGCGCAACAGCCUCCCAAUUGGCUAUUGAUUCCUACCCAGGGAUUUGAAUUUGAUUAGAGAUUGAGCAAGAGAACUCAAAUUUGAUCUUAGCCAUGUAGGCAGUACUGGUCCUUGUAAGGCACCUUUUCAAAGCAGGGCAAGUGGCGACUGGAAACACAUUAUUUUACCACUGUAGUGUCAGGAAUUUUUGUUUCCGGCAAGAUAAUGUUCAUUUAAUUUUGCAGUCUGUGACCAGACUCAGAAAUACAACAUGUGAUCGGUUAGCUGUAGUAUUACAAAGGAUUUAAAGCACUGCACAAAACUUAAUUAUCAGUCUGGUGCCACUAAAAUACCAUGGCAUGUUAAUCAAUAUGAUGUGAAAUCGCAUGUUGUUCUAAAUGUUGUAUUCAAAUAAAAAGAAAAGAAUUGAGGCCAAAAAAGCUGUCUUCCUAACACUACAGUGUCCCUCUGCGUCCGCUGAGGUCUUCCGUCACACUGACUCAGGAGCAUAAUGCUUAUGCGCGGCAAGUGCUUCGUGCGCAUUAGUCCUGCCCCAUAGAAAAGCAUUGGCUCAAUGGUUUCCUAUGGGUAUUUUCAAGACCCUGGACGUCUGCAGACAAUGCUUGAGUAUGUCCAGCUUUGUUUCUCGCGGUUAAAGUCAGUGAUAGAACAGGAAACGCCUCUAGGAGCUGUCUGGAAGACUACAGUUGGAUGAAGUGGUCUGGGUGCCCAUAGAAUUUCCUAUAAUGUAUUUAUUUGAUAUUUUCCCAUGGAAACAACUUGUACAUAAGGGAAAUUUUUUAUUUUUAACAAGGUCUCUGCAAAUUAUUAUAAAUUAAUUAUGCUAAUGUAACUUGCAUAGUGGGGGGAAAAAAAUAGUAGUACUGCCAACCAUAUCUUUACUUGCUAUUGAAUCUAAUUACUUCUUUAAAAGGUGUUUUUUCUUUUUUCUUCUAGGAGAAAUAUAUGAAUCUAUCUUAAAAGUAUUGUAAGAAAUAAAGUAUGAUUUAUGUUUUUAUUUCUGCUUUCAUUGUUUAGGAUGGCACUCUGUUUGAUGGCAGGCCUAUUGAGUCUCUGUCACUGAUUGAUGCGGUUAUGCCUGAUGUGGUGCAAACAAGGCAGCAGGCAUACAGAGACAAACUUGCACAGCAACAAGCUGCGGCUGCUGCUGCUGCCGCCGCCGCUGCCGCAGCUGCUACAGCAAACAACCAACAGCCAUCCACAAAGAAUGGCGAAAAUGCAGCUAACGGGGAGGAGAAUGGAGGGCAUGCACUAGCAAGUAGGUGUAUUCCUAGAUGACAAUGGAUAAAAUGUACGGUCUUAGCCGUAACUGUUUGUUAGUUCCAAAUGAGAUGGGUCUAAUCCUAGCUUUUAUUUAUGUAUUUUGAAAUAUUGAAAGUGUUUUUUUGUUCCAACAAGUGAACUGGCUGAAUUUAAAAGAUUAUCUAAACUCUUAAUAUUUAGCACGUCAAGCAGCCAUAACCACUGGUAACAUGGAGAAGAGUCUGUAGUGUGUGUGAAUUUAAGAGCAGGCUCACUUUAAAAAACUAUUUUCAGUGAUUCCACAUAAAAUGAAUUAUGGAAGUCUACCAGGUUUAUUUAAUUUUUUUACAACAUGGCCUAUCUCUACCUAGACUAAAAACAUUUUAAAAAAUACAAGUAAUAAAAAAAAAUAUAUAUAUAUAUAUAUAUAUAUAUAUAUAUUUAUAUAUAUUAGUUAAUACAAUGCUAAACAAAAGUCUGCACACCAGUCAAGCCAUAAGACUUGCUUUUCCCACAGAAAUCCCAAAUCAGCAGUGAUGUUACAACCGCAAAGGAUUCUGGGUGGGCAUAUGCAAAUUAGUUUAACAAAGAAUCACAUUUUUGCCUCAUUCCAUUUUAAACAUGGAUUCCUUUUAAUUUGUGUUUGCAGUAUACAACUGCUUGGAACACAAUUUAGGAUAAGAUGCAAAACCAGUGAACCACUCAUGGACAGCAUAUAUAUAUAUAUAUAUAUAUCUCCCAAAUUUAGCAAAAUGUCACCAACAACAUGAUUACAGUAUACGCCAAUAUGUAAACCAAACUCUGAAACUCUAGAAACGUGCUGAAGUAGAUGGUGGAAUGUGUGAAAUAUGCGCGAGCACUGCUAACUUAAAUGCUUGUGCUCUCAGUGUCUUAAAGAAUUUCCUUACCCAACUAUUCACUCAAAAUAAUAUUUCAGCUUUUGGUGUCUCCCAGCAAGGAAUGUGUAUGGGGGGGAUGGGGUAGCUUGCUAAAAGUAUAAUCACGAUAGCUAUUAAAACAAAGUACUUUGUGUGUAAUACGGCAGUGUCCCCUGCUGGCUGACUUGCAGUAGAGCAGUACAUUCUAGAAUAAAAGCUAGAAAGUGCUGUGAUAUAAGAACCAAUGUGCCAUCUAUUUUGCCUAUGUAUUUUUUUUAGCGUUGCUUCAUCCUAAGCAAAGCAUUGGUAAUUUAACAAAACACAAGGGAGAGUUAGAAACUCCGUGAUGUAUUUGAAACCCAUUAUAAUGCAUUACAAAGAUAAUGCAUUGAAAACUUUGCAAAAUUACAUGUUAAACCGUAAGAAGAUGAUGUAUACUUUUAGUUUCUAGUGCAGCAUCUUAACAGAACUUUAAAUCAAUCUACUGUUCUAACCUGGAAUACAAGCUAUAACCGCUUGGGAAAUGCCUUUUCUAUUUUUUUAUUUAUUGAAUUAAGACCUUUGUUUAAAAUAAAUAUUAUAAUUAAACAAGAAAAAAUUAAUAUAAGCUCAUUAUUCUUCUUUCCUACAUAGAUAAUCACACUGAUAUGAUGGAAGUUGAUGGAGAUGUUGAAAUUCCAUCAAGCAAAGCGGUGGUAUUACGUGGGCAUGAAUCAGAAGUAUUUAUUUGUGCAUGGAACCCAGUUAGUGAUCUAUUGGCCUCAGGGUACGUUCAAUUAUUUGUUGUUCAUUUAUAUGUAUUUAUCUUUAUAUAACUUUUGAAACACAUUGAAAUUAAAGGGUCACUAUAGGGUCAGGAACACAAACAUGUAUUCCUGACCCUAUAGUGUUAAAACCACCAUCUAGCCCCCCUGGCCCCCUCAUGAUUCCAUAAAUAUAGUAAAUAUCUUACUGUAUAGUAAGUAAUCUUACUGUUGAAGCUGUAACUCUGCAUGCUGUUAGACUCAGAAAAACAAGCAGUGUGUUGACAUCAUCAGAAGUGGAUUGGCUGAGACUGACAAGGAGGCAGAUCAGGGGCAGAGCCAGCAUGAUUCAAACACAGCCCUGGCCAAUCAGCAUCUCCUCAUAGAGGUGAAUUGAAUCAAUGAAUCUCUAUGAGGAAAGUUCAGUUUCUGCAGGCAGAGGGAGGAGUUACUGAAUGUUUGGAGGCAUUUUAGGCAGCCAUGACCAAGGAAGGAUCUCUAACAGCUAUCUGAGGAGUGGCCAGUGAAGUUAUCACUAGGCUGUAAUGUAAACACUACAUUUUCUCUGAAAAGACAGUGUUUACAGCAAAAAGCCCGAAGGGAAUGAUUCUACUCACCAGAACAAAUUCAAUAAGCUGUAGUUGUUCUGGUGACUAUAGUGUCCCUUUAAGGCAAAGGGAUUCCUGCUAACACGUGGAUACUCUUUGAACAGGCUCAACAAAUCCCAGGCACAAGGUCGCCAUGGCGAAUAGGAAUUUUGUCCUGGUGCCUGGGAUUUGUGAGCCUGUUGUCCUCUGGAGCUAACUGUACUGUAUUGCUGUACUGCGUUCUGUAGGCAAGCAACAAGGGAACUAUGAUGUCCCUGUUUUGCUCCCUUGUGUGUUACUUAGCGAUGAUGGGGCCAGAAUAUGGUGUUACUCAGACCUCAGCAUCACUAAGCGGAGCAAGAGCACAGAGUAUGGAGAUCACAGCUCCUGAGCGGCCUGCCUACAGUAUGUCCAGCCAGACUUCUGCCCGCCUCCACUCGACUCCAGCCCUGCACCAACUGGACCCUGUUAAAGACGAUCCAUUCCAGCCCUCCCUAAGGUAGGGAGGCUGGGUGGACUUGAACUGAAUUAUGCCAUAUCAUUUGUGUGUAAGAUGAAGAAAGAGAGUUGCUGCGCCUUCUGAGGGUCUUGUGAUCGGAAGCACUAGAAAUCCCUUUUUUAGUGCAGCCAUCCAAGGCUACUCGACAACCACCUUCACAAAGUAAAAAAUGUAACACUAAGUUAAUCAAAUGAAUAUUUAUUCCCCCAUAAAGUGGACCCUGCAAUGUUUUAACAACCUGAACUGACUUUGACAAAGACAGUGUAUGUGGUGUAGGUGCCUAUAAUGUCCCUUUAAAGGGACACUAUAGUCACCAGAACAACUACAGUUUAAUGUAGUUGUUCUGGUGAGUAUAAUAGCUCCCUUCAGUCAUUUUCAUCUAAACACUGCCUUUUCAGAGAAAAGGCAGUGUUUACAUUGCCCCUAGGGACACCUCCAAGUGGCCACCCCUCAGAUGGCCACUAGCAGGGCCGGAAAUUUCCCGGUGGGCCGUCGGCACCUGGGUCUGCUGGCGGCCGCUGGGGAUGUCUUCUGGCGGCCGCUGGGGGACUUGUCCUGGGGGAGCUGCGUCAUAUUCCGGCGCUGGUCUCAUUCAGCAGCGCGCGAGGGCGGGAGAGCAGAGCCAGCGCAGCUCCCCCCAGCGGCCGCCAGGACAAGUCCCCCAGCGGCCCCCAGAAGACCUCCCCCUGGCAGGUAUUAGUAAUCUGUAUGUCUGUGUUAUCAUGUCUGUCUGUAUGGUGUGUGUGUGUCUGUCUGUUAUCAUGUCUGUCUAUAUGGUGUGUGUCUGUCUGGUGUGUGUCUGUGUCAUGGUGUCUGUCUGUAUGGUGUGUGUGUGUGUGUGUCUGUUUGUGUCAUGGUGUCUGUGUCAUGGUGUCUGUCUGUAUGGUGUGUGUGUGUGUGUGUGUGUGUCUUGGUGUCUGUGUGUCCGUCAUGGGGGGGGGGUGUCUGUCUGUCCGUCAUGGUCUGUCAUGGUGUGUGUGUGCCUGUCAUGGGGUGUGUGUCUGUCAUGGUGUAAAUGUGUGUUUAAAAAUAGUGUUUUUGCUCACCUUUUUUUUCCCCCCACGCAGCGUGCUGGUCUCCCCUCGACUGGCCCUGCCUCUAGAGCUGAGAUCAUCAAGCUUGAUGAUCUCAGCCAAUCCAAUGCUUUGCCAUAGGAUUGGCUGCAAAAUGCCACUCCAAUCAGCAUCUCCUCAUAGAGAUGCAUUGAAUCAAUGUAUCUCUAUGGGGAACGUUCAGCACCUACAGAGUGUGGAGGCCCUGAAUGUAGUUGCACUAACACAGGAAGCACCUCUAGUGACCGUCUGAGUGACUGUCACUAGCAGUGUCACUUUGAAGCAAUGUAAACACUGCCUUUUCUCUGAAAAGUCGGUGUUUACGUUGAAAAGCCUGUAGGGACAUGCUAUAGACACCAGUACCACCACAUUAAGCUGUGUGAGUGAGCUUGCUUGCAUGCGUGUGCCUGCUAGUGAGUGAGCUUGUAUUUUUAUGUCAAUGAGAUGAUGUAUAUCAGUAAGAUUGUUUGUCUAUGAGGCUGUGUAUCAAUGAGCUUGUGUGUGUCAUUGAAAUUGCCUGUGUCUGCAUGUGAGUAUGCUUACUGUAUAAUUAAACGUUUUACCCUGAAACGACCAAUAUUUUAUAUUGGAAAAAGAUAUAUAUAUAUAUAUAUAUAUAUAUAUAAUUUACUCAAUCAUCUGUCCUGGCAAGACAAAGCCUUACAUAUUACACGCGACAAUAUAUGGCGCAGUGACUUAUGGAGCUGGCACAAAUUUUUUUUCCAGGGCUGCACUAGAGGGGCUUCCUGGCUCAGGGCUGCACAGUAUGCAGCCCUGCCGUUCAGUGUCCCCACGCUCUGCAUGGGGAUGCUGAAUUUUCCUCAUAGAGAUGCAUUGGAGGCAAGCCACCUAAAUGGUGGGUUUUCACUAUAGGGUCAGGAAUAUGUUUGUAUCCUAACCCUAUAGUAAUCCUUUAAUAUUGGAUCUUGCUACCCCUAUAUAGCAAAUAUAUUUGCCUGUCUAAGACCAAAAAUUAUUAUUCUACUCUGUUAAACAUAAAGUAUAUUGCUAGCUGUUCCCUCUGCUUUAUACUGGAUCUAUUUGCUGCCGGUGCAUUGACGGAUUUGUACUUUUAAAUCUUCAUAUUUGCAUUUAAGCUAAUUGGAAUAGUAGAGGUAAAUUAAUGUUUUCCAUAUGCAUUCACUGUUUGCAAGCUUGAUUGAGCAGGGUCUUCUUCACCUCUAAAUAUUUCCUUUCUAAAAUUGUAAAGCACUUCAGAAUAUGUUGUUGCUAUAUAAAUGCUAAUAGCGAUAAAAUGCACAACCCCAUUCCGCCCUAUUAACACUUUGAUAAUGUUCCCUUUUGUUUCCAUGCACUUUCUUUUUGGGACUUCCAGAAAUGCAUGUAUCAAGUUGAUGGUUCCCACCCAACUAGUUCUGUUUCCUAUUGGCUAUAGUGCUGUUCCUUGAAAAUUGGGUUGGAGGCAUUUAGACAAAAGCAUCUUCAAACUGUACUAGUCACAUGUGCUGUGUAAUGCAAUCAUCUUCAUUACCAUUUUAAUUGCUGUAUCAUGUAGGUCAGGAGAUUCUACGGCCAGAAUAUGGAAUCUUAGUGAAAAUAGCACUAGUGGUUCAACACAACUUGUUCUUCGACACUGUAUACGAGAAGGGGGACAAGACGUUCCAAGCAACAAAGAUGUAACCUCAUUAGAUUGGAAUGUAAGUAGAUAAUUUAAAGUACUGUCUGUUGUGUACCGUUAAAACUAUAGUUUUCAAAGUAAAGAGGAAUGUCUAAGCAGUAAGCACUGUAACUACUGGGUGGCUUUUUACUUCUUUGAGUCAGAAUUGGGAGAUGGUGACAACAUCAAACUAUUAAUAAGAAGUUUCACCCAAAUUAGCAGCCCUUGAGGCUCCCAUAGCCCAACCACCUGCUUCACUAUUGCUGAUAUUUAAAUUAAACUUCUAAAUUGGCAAUGUCCUCUUCAUCCAUAUUCAGACUGGAUUGAUUGGGUGAAUGGGUCACCUGAGGCGUACAGCCUAAUUAAUGCAGCCAAAUAUAAAUGAAAUUAAUAUUGCAAAUUUAAAUGUAAACGUAUGCAUUAGGAACAGGUGAGCGAGGAAGUGGGCAACUGUUACCUCUUCCAAUUUUUAGCCAAACUACUCAAGCAUUUUCACCCUGAGUGCAAAAAAAUAAAAAUCAACAAAACGAAAACUACUUCUAUUCUCCCACUCCACCUUUUUUUUCAGUCAAAAUCAAAUAUUUGUUUUAUGUACCAUAACCAUUACAGCCACAAUUGGCAAACAGUUUGACAUUACCUGAGGUGCACCGGUUGCAGCCUCCUGGAGCUUCUGUUGGCUCCAUUGAGCUAAACCCUGCACCACCGGAAUGUGACCGGCUCUGUGUAUCACAGAUAUGCUGUCUACUGCUUACCCUUGGAAGAUGCCAAUGGCACCAUAAACCCUACAGCACACUGUAGUGGUCACGGUGCUUCGUGUGUUACUUUAAGCUCACUGUUUAACACAUUACAUUUUCUGUAACUAUCAACUGACUUCUGUUAAGAAUCAUAUUUUAAAAUCAUAUGAAGGGACGUGAAAUUAUUUUAGUUAAUGCUGUGCAAAAAGUUUCUGUUAAAAAAAAAAAUAAAAUAAAAAAAUAGCCUACCUAGAUUUUGCCAAAUUAUUUUUUAUUGUGCAGCAAACAAAUAACACUGCAAAUUUACUUUAAGAACAAUUGUGAGGCAGUCAGCAAUUAUAUCCCAUCAGUUUCCAUGGUAACUGCUCCUUAUUAAAAGAUACUUUGGUACCAUUUGUGUGCUCAUAGAAUAUAGUGUGGUGACUGUUAAUAGAGCUUAAUACUUUUUUUUCCCCCCGUUGUAUUUCAUUUUAGGAUAUAUAACAGGUCUGCUAAGGUAAUCUGAGCAUUGUUCUCAAAACCCAUGUAGGCCUCGCCUUGUGUAGUGUUAAAGACAUUGGGAUAAUGUAAAAAUACACAAAAAGGGACUGUGGUUUUUAAAAAGUCUUUAGUUGAAAAAUAUAAAAUGUUAUUUUUAUUAAUGUGAAUGUAAAAAAUCUGAAGGUGCUCUGAAUAAUAUCAAUUCAUUGAUCUAGGCUGCUUUCAUACAUGUUAGAUUACAAGAAACAGUUACACCGUCCAUGCAUGCAGAUUUAGGCGCUGCUUAUGAGUGCAGUGUUUUGGAGAAAUUACAGCUGUGAGCCCACACCAUCUCUCAUGCACUUCAGAGAAGGAAGGAGUAUUUUCCCUGUACACAUAGUUGUAUUGUUUGUGCCUGCAAGUCCCCACUUGGAGUUAUGGAUUUGUUAUUGGAUAGCUUCUUAUUUGUGCCAUUCAUGUUUUUAUUUUAUUUUUAUUUUUUUACAUUACAUGUUUGUGUAUACUAGAUUUGGAUUUCAUUUAAUUUAUUAAAGCAUUAUAUUUUUAUUUUACAAUCAGAGUGAAGGAACACUUCUAGCAACGGGAUCGUAUGAUGGUUUUGCCAGAAUAUGGACUAAAGAUGGUAAUUAUAUAUUUAACAAUUGCGGUGUGCUGCUCUGUUGUAAUUGUUGUACUAUAGGAAGGUCAUUGCUAUAGCAGUGCAUCAUUUGAUGGCUACUACCUUGAUUACCUGCUGUUGAGUCAUUUAUUGCUUUUAGGUGAUUUUUCAAACCAGUUUUAGCAUACUGAAUAUAGGCUAUAUUCAAUUUUCAUCACUUUUGAACAGCUUUAUGCUUGCACUGCAGCCUGUUUCAGAUUGGUUUCUGCUCACAUCGCUCUACCUUAAAACACAUUAAUAAGUUUGUCUGUUUUAAGUUCCAUUCUCUUUGUGCACAAGUGAUGCUAUAUGUUCGAAUUACUCUACUUGUCACAUUCCUUUUCUUGCCAAACUUAUCAACAAAUCACAGUUGUAAUAUUGUUUUAUAAAGAAUGAAUGUAGGAACAUUUUUAUAGUGGGGCUUUCUCCAUUGCUGGUAGCAGUGUAUUUAAUAGGUACAGGUGCACAGAACUGUUCCCAUAUUUCUUUUCUCAAAGCACUGUUCACGUGUGUGGACUUGGCUAGUUUCUCAGAGCCUAGAUUUGAGAAGUAAUCUCGGCAGUGGCACAUAUGGCAGUGUAGAAAUCUGACUUGUGAGUUCAUGCAAGUUGAAAAAAUGUAAGUAAACUGAGAUCGGACACAUUAUAGUUUUCUUAUGUUAGUGGUGCAAAGAAAGUAUAGGCACACUAAAUAAUUGAAAUUGAAAACCAGCUCCUUUACGGGGACACUCUAGGCAUUAACCAACUUUUGUAUUUAUUUUUACAAUUUUUUUGUAUAAUUUUGCAGUACUUUCUGCAGCCUAAUUCCUGCCUCAUCUGUACCACUUUCCCCAUUUAACGUAUAAUUGUUCUCUUCCUGCCCCUCUCACUUACAAUGCAAGGUAAUGCAAUAUUUCUCAAAUAAAAGUUGUCAUUAAGAAUCACAGCAAAUGAUUAUGGUAGUUGGGAGUUCAUCUAACAACUUUUAGAGUAAAAAGCUGAUAAGUGAGAUGCAACUCCCAAACAUUUCUGCUCUGGGUUAAAACCAACUUUUUGAAAAAUGUCAUAAAAAGAUAUUGGAAAUUUAAACAAAUGGAGGUUAUUUUGUUACUCCAAUGGCCAUUAGAACGAUUUUUUUUUUCUUUGGUUUUACUGUGUGUAUUGGGACUGAUGUGUACUAUGAUCGUUGCUGCCGCCCUAGAGUAGUGGGAGUUUGAGCGCAGGACUUGUUUUUGUGUACUGUAUUUGUAUUCACUUUUUUAUCACACCGCUAUGUCACAAUUCUGUUGCCCACCCCAUGUGUUCCCUAUUAAGGGUUAAUAAGCAUGUAGGGGUUUAUAAAAAAAAAAAAAACACCCCUCUCUGUCUCAUUAGAGAUAUCUUUGCCAGAAGCUCAAGGAAGCAAGGUGAAUAGUCGGUGUAGGACCCAUCUAAGAGGUUUGCCUUGAUGUGACAGGUGGGCAGCCCUCUAAUUGCCAUUGGAGUAAUUAAAUAACCUCCAUUUGUUUAAAUGUGCCUAGGGAUUUGGGAAGAGCACAGGUAAAGUUUUUACUGUAUGUAUUGGGGCCGAUGUGUACUGUGGUCGUUGCUGCCGCCCGAGAGUAGUGGGAGUUUGAGCGCAGGACUUGUUUUUGUGUAUUUAUAAAAAGUUAUUGGGGCAUUUUGAUUGGCUGAUUAAUUCCAUAUCAGGGAAGUUCUCACGGCUUGAAGUGUAAAACCUUUAAAUGUAUUGCAAAUGCAGCAACUUCAAAUCACAGCAUAUUUUGCCUGUUCAUGGGUCCUUCCUUUGUUUGAUAACAGAGCAGAGAUGUACUCCUCAUGUGGUUUCAAAUGACCCGUACAAACACAGAAUGCAUAAAUUAGUAAUCUAGCUCAAAGCUUUCUUUUUAUUCCACAAACUUUUUCCAAAGCUGCAAUUAUGAUUUGUGGAGUAGUUGGAUGACUAAUAAUUUUCUUGAUAUUUGGAUAUGCUAUAUAUAUUUCUUUAACAUAAUUAUAAUCACAUGGUGCAUAUAAUUUCACUUUUGUUAAGCCACUUUAUUUUUAAUCAUUUAUACUUGCUUCAUUAAUGUAGGGGAGUUUCUUUUUAAAAGAAACACACGUCUGACAAUUUCAGUAUGUACCUGUAAUAGAAACACCCUCAGAUGUGAGCCAAUUGUCCAAACUGAAAUUUUUGAGUUUAAUAUAAUUUCCAUUCUGCUACACAUUUAAAUAGCUUCAUUAUUGCAUUACUUUUCAAAGCUAUUAAAUGGACACUAUAGGCACCAGGACCACUUCAUCUCAAUGAAGUAGUUUGGGUGCCUUUAAUCCCCCCUCAGGAAUGUUUUUAUUACAGGGUUAAAAUGCCACUCAGCCACUAGAGGCGCUUCCACCAAAAUAGCAGAGUAAAAUGCAGCUUAAAACCAUUUGAUUAACGCAGUGCAAAGAUAUUUUGCCACAUACAUGCAUUCCCAAUAUUGCUGGUUGGUAGUGCAGAGGCCAGUGCUGCUUGGGAGCACUCCCUACACAUGGGGGAUGGGAACAGCCAAUAGCACACUAUAGCAUUAGGAAUACACAUUUGUAUUCUUAAAGUUGUAGUGUUCCUUUAAAGUGCCUCUGUUAACUGAAAAAAAAGCACACAAAAAAAGCCAUUUCUACAAAGUAAAUACUUUCAUGUAACCAGGUUUUUAAUAUACUUAGCAUUUCCAAAUGUUAGUUUAGACAUCAAUUUUGGAAUUGCAUCCCAAACCAGUAGAGACCAAUAUAGAUUAAAUAAGAUCAAAAAUAAUCUGUGACCGACCAAGGACAAUUGCCAGUGUUAAGUGUUAUGCCAUGAUGCAAAACAUGUCUGAAAGAAACAAAUACAAAGCUGUAAUACAUAACUGAUGUGAUUAAUUCUGCAGUGGAGUUUAUUUAAUUUUUGUAAUAACGUUAAUGUAUAUCUGUUUUACAAAACAUGGCUCUCCAUUUCUUUAUAUAUAAUUAAAGUUAAAUGCUAUCAAGUGAUUAAGAUGAUCAGAUUAAAACUAGUUCAUAUUUUUGUCCCAUUGUUUUUUGUGUGUUUUUGACAAUCUUUAUUUUAGGUUUUCAGUUUAGUUGACAAGACCAUUGUAGUACAUAUAGGAUAGUGAAAUAGAGGAGUUUACAUACAGGUAUUAAGUAAACUAGUAGCCUAACUUAUCAACUACCCGUAUAAUAUGCCUUUGCUCAUGAGAUAAAUGGUUGUCGGGUUCAACCUUUGUGGUCCCAUUGUUUUUACCCGCUACGUGAUCAACAUUUUAAGCCACAUGUAGUUUGCAUACUCUGUCUCCUCAUCCCAAAGUAAUGCUUUAGUAUAUGUUACCACGUGCUAGAAAUUAUGGCAUACUGUUUGGAAUAGUUGUAUGAACAACCGUUGUCCAUUUUAAGAAAACCCUGUCUUGGUAACUAUUUUAAUCUAUAAAAUGAACUAUUUGGCUAGCACAGUAUCUAGAUUAAAUCUUGUACCUACCAGAUGUUUUUCAGUUGGUGUGCGGAUAAUUACCUUAUCCUGAUUGAAUAGCCUAUGCAUUUCAUGUUUGAUAUGUUGACAUUGAUAUUAAUGCAUCAUUUAUAACUUUACCAUAUUGUCCAGGAAAUCUUGCAAGCACCUUGGGGCAACACAAGGGACCCAUAUUUGCGUUGAAAUGGAACAAGAAAGGAAAUUUCAUUCUAAGUGCAGGAGUAGACAAGGUAAACUCUUUUUCCACUUUUAAUGUCACACAGACUGACAUCAUGGAAAUUUGAUACAAGAUCUUGGAAAGUCUUUUAAUAUUUAAUACUGUUUUUAAAAGUAUUAUAAUGUAAACAUAACCGUAUUAUACUACAUUCUGUUAUUUUUUUCUUUUUUUUUUUUUCUUCUAAGGUCUUUCCAGUGCGUCAUUUGGUCCUAGAAUUCUAUAACACGAAUUUGGACUAUUUUCUCCCCUAAGGGGCUUUCAGUGACUUUCAUAGACUUUGGACUUCCAUUGUAUAUUGUUUUAUAUUUUAUAUAUUUUUUUAUUUUGGUUUACCCCUAUACAAACUUUAAAGGGGAAUAUUCACUAAGCGCAGACAACUUUAUUUGCAUUAAUACUGUUUCAUGUUUACUAUUUUUGUUCUAUUAGUAAAGCAAUUGUACUUACUAAUAUAGUUUUUUUUUUUUGUCCAUCAAACUCUUUUUUUAAAUGGCUAAAAAAUAUUGAAAUGUGUUAAAACCUCAUCUAUAACAAAUGUAGUUCCUUCUAUUUCUGUAUAUCAGUCUAUUGCUGUAAAUCAGUCAUUGGGAAUAGUCUUGACAUUUAGUUAUGCAUACUUUGCACUGACACCUUGUACAUUUAAGCAUAAACAAAAGCUGAAUUUAUAAUCUAGCUCUGCGGUUUCCUACUAUUUGGACAAGCUGAUAACAAGAAUUUGUACCCAAAGAAUAUCAAAGUAACUCAGACACAUUUAAAAUAUAACUACUAAUCCCAGAAUAUUAGCGUACCCAAAUUUAUUGAUCACUAAAGGGUUACAAUUCGGAGUGAUUUAGUAAAUUUUAGAGACCUUUCUGUUUUUUCAAGCUGAAAUAAAUUAGUAUGGGCAACUUAACGUUUUCUGUGAAGCUUAGUUCAUAUUUCUUUUAACUUUUGGUAGCCUGUGCUAGCAAAAAAAUUGAAUGGCCUUCCUAAACAUUUUAGUAUGCAACUUUCUUGUUAAUUAAGCCUCAAAUUGUGUAUUACUCAAUUUUUUAUAAGAAUUCUGAGAUCAAGUAUGAAUAGCCUUAAUUAACAAUGUUAGUUUUUGCAACUUGCUCAUGAAACGCAUAACAGUAGGGAUGGAAUAAAGUGACCAUUAGAGAAUAAAUGAUUUCAUGUUUUGUAAUGAGUGUUUGUUUUUAUGUGCUUUCAUUGCAGACCACAAUUAUCUGGGAUGCACACACUGGGGAGGCAAAGCAGCAGUUUCCCUUUCAUUCUGGUAAAUGUUUAGAUUUCAUUUGAAAAAAUAAAUGUUUUUUGUUUCAAAUGGAUGUAGUUUGAUGUGUCUUGGUGAUUUCAUGAUUCGCAAAAUUGCUUAGAUACCAACUGCAACCCCCCCCCCCCCAAAAAAAAAAAAAAAAUACAAGUGCAAUGUUUUCUUCUAGAAUUGUUGAGAAUUGAUUUAACACCUUUAAAGAUUAUCUGUGUUAAAUACACAUAGACCAAAGAAAACUUGAUUUAGCAUGAGUAGUAGUGCUGGUGCUAUGUGAGUAUGAUAUUUAAUAUGAAAUAUAAUCCCGUUUAAGACCCAGAUAAUGGCAAUGUUCAUUAUGCAUAAUAACAUAUUUCAGUGAUUUAUCAGCAUUCAUAUUUUAUUGUUUUGGUGAUGUGUAUCUUGAUAUUCUUGAUCAUUCAUGCUGCAGCUGCUUGGAGUUAAUUUUGGAGAACUGUUUUCGGCAAAUUAUUUAUUCUUUCUUGAAUUACGGAAAUUCAUCCCGGAUAUAUUUAUUUAUUUGUGUUGAUGUUCUCUGUCUUUGUGUCUAAAGUUAUAUUAUUUUUUUCCCUCUAGCACCUGCAUUAGAUGUGGACUGGCAAAGUAACAAUACAUUUGCAUCGUGCAGUACAGAUAUGUGCAUCCAUGUCUGUAAAUUGGGGCAGGAUAGGCCGAUAAAGACAUUCCAGGGACACACUGUAAGUACUUAUGUAUAUGUAUAAUAGAUAAUAUAGUGCAAUGUGUUUUAAAUUCUGUAUUGUGUUUAUAUUUUUUUUACAUAUAAAACUCCUAAACUUGCCUUGUUUUUGUAAAUCCAAAGAUGAAUGUGCUUGCUUAAACCAAGAUAAUCUUCCCCUCUUCAAGUGCUUUAUAACAAGUAUAUUAAGAAAUUAUUUCUGUCUAAAAGCAAUGUACACAAUUUGACUCAUUGGUGUAAUUUUCUUAUGCCUUUUUAGAAUGAAGUGAAUGCAAUAAAAUGGGAUCCUACUGGCAACCUUCUUGCAUCCUGUUCUGAUGAUAUGACAUUAAAGGUACAUGUUCCAGUUCCAACCAAUUUUCAAGACUUUUAUUAAAACGAAAAUUAUCAGUACUUAAUUUUUGGAGGAAUGUCAUUAGCUUCCCUUCAAUAAUGCUACUGAAAUUCCCACCUAUGAUAAAACCAAACCACUGUUCAUUUGCUGAUUUAAUUUAUUAACUAUUUAGUUUGCAAAAGAACUGAGGAAUUCUUAUAAAUUAGUGAUAGGUUGAAGAGAGAAAAGACAGAUUCAUUGGCGAUGGUUGGUUUUAGGAAGGUGGCUGAUUUCAUGUGAUAAGAAAGUUCAUGAGUAGUAAGUUUAAGGGGAGAAUAUGCAUUAAUGGGGAAAACAAGGGAAAAGAUGUGGGUUAUGAGAAGGGGUCUGAUAAUAUUGAGUAGGAUUUCACAACACAUUUUAUAGGUCUCCUUAUGUAACAAAGAUUCUAAAACAAAAUUUUACUAUUGCAUUUAGGUCCCAUUGAAAUUUUGUCUUUUGAAUACCUUUUAAAUGUAAUGUAGUGUCAUUGUGUUCAUGGCAAUGACUAAAUCAUUAUAAAAAACAUUGAUUUUUUUAAUACCAAGUUCCACAUUGAGACUAUUUGAGAACCAACUAAUGUAGAAGGAUAAAAGCAUGGAAAUUGUAUUCAGAUGAGUUGUCAAAUUUAAAUUACAUUCUUCUGUUGUGCUUUAGUACAGAUGUGUCCAAUAACAAUUUCAUGUUUUGGUUAUGAACUUUUUGUUAUUGUAAGUUUUUAGAUGAUAUGUAUAAAUUAAAUAUAUUCCACUAUAGAUCUGGAGUAUGAAGCAAGACAGUUGUGUUCACGAUUUGCAAGCACACAACAAAGAAAUUUACACCAUUAAAUGGAGCCCCACUGGGCCGGGAACAAAUAAUCCAAAUGCUAAUCUAAUGUUAGCAAGGUAACUAGUUUCUGUUUAUGUAUUACCAGUGUUGAUUGUUACUCAGAAUUUAUUUCAUUAUCGCUCAGUUUGCUCACAGCCUCUGAGUAGGCAUCUACGUUUUGUCUUGUAUUCUUGAGUGAAGAUUAUUGAAGCUGUCCUUUUCAGCAUAUUUUAAAACAGGUUUCACUGUGUGCUGUAAAAACAUAGAAUUAGACAGAAGUGAGAUCAUUUAGUCCAUUUAGGCCUUCAAUGCUCUUACCUCUUUCAACAUCCACUUUUAUUUUACACUUGGACUUAGUUUAUAUCCAGUUUUUUUUUUGUUUUUGUUUUUAAGCUUUAAUUUGGUCCUUGUAUGAUGUUCUUCACUGUAUUAACCUUUACUUCCUUAUUAUCUUCACCCUUUCAGUGAAGCAUUGUAUGUUUGUUUGUUUUGUAAGUACAGUUCUUUCAUAUUCUAUUUUCUGUCACUAUUUUAAAUAUGCUUUCCUCCUUUAUAUUAUUUAGUCUGUUUUGUUAGGGGCGACUAUAUUCUAGCAGCAGUUUAUAUCUGGUACUACUUAACAUAUGUUGGCGCUUCAUGCCAAAAUAUCUAUUUAUUCAGUUUAACCUGUUCCCCACUGCUGAACGUUAAUGUCCCAGUAACCUUUUUUCCCCGGUAAUAAUCUGGGUUCUGUUUUUAUAUUGCAGUGCGUCAUUUGAUUCUACUGUUAGAUUGUGGGAUGUAGACAGAGGAAUUUGCAUUCACACACUGACUAAACAUCAGGAGCCUGUGUACAGUGUAGCCUUUAGCCCUGAUGGUCGAUACCUCGCCAGUGGUUCAUUUGACAAAUGUGUACACAUCUGGAAUACACAGGUAUGAUUUAGUUAGUUUCCAAUAAGGGCACAGCCUUACUAGCAGUGGUCCUCCUAGCUGUGGGCUCUGACACUUGUGUGACAUUUGAACACUGGUAUUCUAUACCCACGUUAGGCUAAUUUAUUGUCAUGGGCAAAUAUUGCUCUUUAUAUAGUUAUACAUUGGUAUUAUGUAUAGGAGCACCAUAAACUGUUGUGUUGGGCACCUAUUUGUUUUGAUGGUGAUAUAUUAUAACAACACCACCACACUUGCGUGAUAUGUGUUGGGCUUCUUCCAGUCACCUCUGAUUAACUACAGUAAUAAGUUUUGCCAUGCCACCUGAAGUCUUAGGUGUAGGUUAUGUUGCAGAUGACCUAAAAUCAUUAACGGACCAUGUGCAGUAUUUUCCAUAAUUAAUGUUCCUUAGUGGCUAGAGAGCAGGACUUUAUGUUCCUCGUACUAUUUUUUUUUUUUCACUAAACAUUAUAUUUUGUGAAUUACAUCAGAGUGGCAAAAUUCAGGCUAGAAUUAGCUGAUUUGGGAAUAAUAUUCAAACUCGGUUAUAGUUACUGAUUGACUACUUCUAAAAUUCAGAUUUAAUUUGAUGUUAAGUGAAUAACUGCAAAUGUUUGAAAGGGCCUCUUGAUUAUCAUUGUUCCCACUGAGGCACAGUAAGAAAUAAGUCACACAUGUUAAAGUAUUCCGCGUCCCUAUUGAAUUCUUCCAGCUAGGGUGAAAGAGUGAACUUGGCUGAGGGAAUAUCUAAACAUACUUGUGCACAUUUUCUGUGUCCUUUUUCUGCUAGUAGUUGUGUUUAGAUUAGCCUCUGCUGUGUUUAAUAUUAAAAAAAUAUCAAACGCAUUAGAAAAAUUGGAUAAUUUCAAAUUGAACUUUUACUUGUGGAUUUAUUUUUUGUGGUUUCCUUUAUUUCUCCUUUCCUAGACGGGUGCAUUAGUUCACAGCUAUCGAGGUACAGGUGGAAUAUUUGAGGUUUGUUGGAAUGCAGCGGGUGACAAAGUUGGAGCUAGUGCGUCAGAUGGUUCAGUAAGUAAAACCUUUAAUUUUAAAUAAAUGUGUUUACAGCACAUUUAAGUGAAAAAAUGCCAUUUGGAUUGUGUAAACAGUGUGUGUUUCUAGUGUUUUUAACUUCUUCCCUGAGUUUUGUUCUUUUUCGUUUUAGGGUUUAGCUAUCUCGUACUCUUACCCUAGUAUAUUUCUGUUUUAUAUUAUGUAUGGCAAUCAGAGGUUGGAGUCUUUGUUUGUAUAAAUUCUAAAAAUUCGUGGCCUGGAGACUGCUGGUGCCAUAUUAUACAUUCUGAUUAUUUACUUGCACGUCAUAUAUUUAAAUUCUAUAUUGAAAGGCUCUUACUUUAUGCUAUUACCAAACAUAAUUGUGGGAAGCCAGAUUUGUUUCAAUAACAUAAAUAAUUUUUCAUGCAAACUAGUGUCUAGUAAAAAAUCCCAAGCACCAUGUUUGACUCUCUGGCUGCUUUGCAGAUUUGUAUAUGCAUCCUAAUGGGAAAUUUAAAUAAUGCCAAUGGUUGUCAAGCAUGUAGUAACCUGCAUUUUAAACUUAAAAAUUCCUGUUUAUCCUCAUGAAUAAAGUGUAUUACCCCCCCACUCCACUCCCCCUCCCAGAUUUUGAGAAAUAUGGCUGCGUAAGAAACCGUGACAUGCAAUUUUUUAAUAGGGUUAUUUAUUAGCAAAUAAAAUUCUACUCAUUGCACUCUCUGUAGCUCAGCACAGUUUCUCUUGUGAGAUUUGCAGUUUCCAAGAUCAGCACAUCUUUUCAUCCUUUGAAUGCCGAUACAAUAAGUAUCAUUGAAUUUGAUAUGUAUUUGUUCUAGAGCACUGAAUGUAUUAAGAUGCUACCAUCUGAAGUAACUUCUUUUCAAUUUUUAUUUCUGUUUUAUACAGGUUUGUGUAUUAGACCUACGAAAAUAGCGCUACUGGUUGGAAGCCAUGGACCGACUAUGAAUGUGUACAUAGCCAAAAUGACUGUCCCUGACCCAUGUACUGCUAUAGUCCCACUUAACCAUGGCCAGUCCACUACAGCCAAACCGAAAUUAACCAUUAUACAUUCAUAUUUAAAAUUGGAAAGAAAUCCCUGCAAAAUGUUGCACCUCAAAGAGGACAAAGGUUUUAUGUCACGACUGGUAAAUAUCUGUGCCCUUGGAAUCCUUUCUUCUGACGGAUAUCUGAAAAGACAGAAAUAAAGGAUUGGACAUGCGCAGGCAGAGAACUUAAAUGUACCAAAUUGGAAGAUGGUGGUCAAAAACACAAUCAACAUUUUUAUUUCCAUCCUGAAUUCCAGUCUUCAUGGUGGUGUUUUUAUAGAUUUUAUUUUUUUUGUCCCUUUUUAUCAACCAUUUCGCCUGUACAGAGAACAUGGGCUAUUUUACUUGAGCAAUAGUAUGUUCUUGGCUUUAAAACUUGUUUUGUGGGUGUGGAGAGAAUUAUCUGAUGACUGCAUAGAAUUUACCCCUUUACCCUUCUCAUUUGUAACUUUAUUUUCUUAAGUAAACCGUAAUUCAGUCUUUGAACAGAAAAAGAGAAAUGGCAUUGAUUUGGUACACAGUGGUGUGUCGCUUAAGUUGCUUGUAGUAGUUUAAGGGCACAUUGAUUUCAAAAAGGAAAAAAAGCAACAGAAAAAAACAAAAAAAAACCUUCUAGAUAAACUGCUGUUUUAUGGCUGAAUGUUUAUUUGGGACAUAAUUCUGUCAAACCUGAAGGGCACACAAAAGGAAGAUCAGACAGCAGACACUAGUGUCUUUGUUUCACUUAGACCAUAAACCUAUUAUGGUUUACUUGUGCACUAUUGUAAUAGGAGCAAAAUACCAUUUUUAAUAUAUUUUUUUUGCGAGGGGAGGGGCUUUUUUUGUUUGUUUUAUUUUCCUCAAUUCUUAGAAGAGACUUUUUAAUCUUUGCCAUUGGAGUGAUCCUUUUAAAGGAUUACUGGUCAAAUACUUAUUAUCCAUAUCAUUUAAAUAUGGAGCAAGUCCUCUUUCUCUUGGAAGUUGAGUGUAACCAAAUUACAGUGUUCAAAAGUAUCUUUUAACAUGGUCUCCUAUCGCAGAAGAACAUCCCAGUAUUUACCCCUAUUGAUUAAUUACUGUAGAUGAUAUACCAUGCUGUUCACCAAUCUAGAUUGAACCCGUCUUUGUAGCAAUUUUAAAACCUCAAACUUUCAUUUUAAUCAGUUCUUUUAGCCUUCUACUAUGUAUACUCCUGCAGGCAGCACAAAUCAUUUGUAAAGUUUGUUGAGUUUUCAGCAAUACUUUUUCUUUUUGUCUUUGUCUUUCUUUUAAACUGUAAACGUUCUAUGCUGCUAUUCAGAUUUGUAUCAAUGCCUUUUUUCCUUAAAGUUUUAUAAAUAUUUUUGGAAAUAAAAAAAAAAAUCCUUCCCACCAUUGUGAUUCAAGCUCCAUAGCGCUUACUUGUGUUGCCCUUUGUUAUAUUGUCUGCCGGUGGACUUGUUUUAAGGUUGGUUUUAAGAGAGGAAAUCAAGCACACAGACUAUUCACAUUAACCCUGGUGUGAAAUGAUAUAUACACAAAAAACAUUCAAACUGUUCUUGUGCUUAAAGGAACACUGUAGACACCACAACUACUUUAACCACUUAUUGAAGAUGUUAUGGUGCACUGUGUCCCACAUUGCCUCAAAACUGGUUACUCACCAUUUAGUAGAAAUUGUUGUUCCACUCCAUCUUGAAGCCUGAUCAUAAUAUAGCCGAGGUAGUUCUCCAUUUCAUGCAAUACCAGGGGUAAUUGUUCUCUGCAACUCGAUUCCUAAAUCCCUGGUAUGAAUUGGUAUGGACUGAAGUGGAAACAUAGCCACAAAAUGGCAACACAUUGUCAUUGAAAACCUACCUUCAGACUGCUUGGGACUGAGAAUCUCUACUAAACUAUGAACAAACUGUUGAGUAGUGAAGUGGGACCUGGAGCCUGUGGAUUGCAGGCAUCAUAAGCACUUCAGUCUGGUGCUUACAGUGUCUCUUUAAGUUUUAUUUUUGACUAUGCUUGCCAGGUCCAUUAAUUAUGCCUUAGAACAGGUGUUUAACAGUAUUUGUGGUAACAAGAAUUGUUUUAGAGUAAAACAAAAAGGCAUAAGUAAUCCCUCAUACCAUAAUAGUGUGUUUGUUUUCUCCCUUUAUUUUAAAUAGUGAAACAGAAAACUGCAGAUACCUCAUUCAGGAAAUGAGUGAUGAGCUUCUAACUUGAAAUAGGAGUUACUAUUGGAUUAGGAGUCGCUGAUGUUUGACUGUGAAUUAAGCCAAAUGGAAUUCUGCAACAAUGAGUUUUAACAAAACUGAAAUUUCCCCCUCGAUUUUGUGAAUCUUACAAAUGCCACCAUUGAGAGAGAUGCUCUGUGAAGAAAUCUAAAAUAAUUCUUAAUUCAGUAACGUGCAUAUUUUUUUUUCUUUUCAGUGAAUAAACAUAACUUGCAUUUUACAGCUGGUUGUAUGUGUGAGGUUUAGUUCACCAAAAAUAACAUCUACCAAUAACAGCAUCCAAGCCUGCAUGUACUAUAUUGAUUUCUUCACAUUUGUUGAAGUGAAAAGGAAAUGGUGGUUCUUCUGUUCUGACAUACAGGAAGCAUAGGCAUAGUUUCUGAUCACUUCCAGAAAUGUGGAAAAGCAUUGACACAUAUUCGUUCUAAUUCCCUUUUUAACAGUUAAUAAUUUACACUGAGAGAAAUUUACAUUGAGCUGCGCAAAGAUUAAAAGUAUAACUUGGGGUUUUAUAAUUGAUUGAGUUCACAAGAUCUGCACUUCAAACUACAAUACAGGUCAGCUUUAACAAGAAGCUUUAUUGUUACUUAGUUCUAGUUUCCCUACCACAAGCAAGCACCUUUAUUUUAUUUAUUUUUAUAGAAAAUCUAGUUUAAGCCACAGUGCAUCCAUGGCUUACCAUGUAUAUUGCAACACAGGCAAUUUUUUUCUUCUUCUUUCUUUUCUCAAGCAUUCUUUUGUGGCUUUGGCUAUCCUCCCCUUCAUGGCAUUCUAUUUGCCAGAACUGUCAUGAUAUAAAGAUUUUUGCCUAAUUCCUGGUCACAAAGUCCAUAGUUUCCAAAUUGCAUAUGAAUCUACCACCGCCCCCCUUUUGUGUACUUCAUUCACUCUCCAUCAUGACUUUGUGACACCUUUCUAAUGUUUUUAUUUUAAUGUUUUGUUACCAGUCAGUUCCCCCCCUCCCCCCGUAUUAAAAAAAAAAUAAAAAAAUAAAAAAAAUAUUAAAGUUAAUUGUUCAGAAUACCUAGUAUUUGACCUUGUUAACCAUGUAUGUGGCUGAUGUAAAUGGGAAAUAAAUCUGUGCAAUAACCACCAAGAAAAAUGUGCUCCCAGGAAUAGACACAAAUGUUUUGAUUGUGUGCUGAAACUGAGAGGUUGAGUCGGUCAUAUUUAGUAGCCCCUUAUUCUGAAUAAGGAGAUUUUUUUUUUUUUUUUUUAAUAUAAUAAAAAAAGAGACUGUUUUUAUAUAUUUAGGCACCGGAUAUAAAACGGUUUAAUUCUAUCGAAUGUAAAAAAAAAAUAUAUAUAUAAAAGUAAAAAAUUUAAAAAAAUAAAAAUACACAAAUCUAUGAAACACAGUCUGCUAAUUACUUCUGCUAUACCCCAAAAAUUUAGCUUUUUUUCCCCCCUUACUUUUACACUUGAGUUAUUCCAGAUAUCACCCAAAAAUUUUUUUUUUUCUUUUUCCUUUUCUUUUUUUCCUUCUUUUAUUCAAUGUCAGAAAUACAUUUUCUGAAUUUCUUCAUCCGGUAAUGGUGCUUUUAAUUUGCCAACAUACAAAUCAAGGCAAUUAAGAAUUCAGGCAAUGGUGUUCUGUAUUAUCGGCUAAUAAUUACCCACACUUAACAAUGUAAUGUUUUCUGUACGACCGCCAUUGGAUCUAAAAUAAGUUAUACAUGAGUUUCCAUUGUGACACUGCAGAAUAUCUGUGAAAUAACUUUAGUUUCACAAUAUAUUAUUGAUCUUUCAAUUUUUGUUUCUGAAUCUACAAAUCCCUUUGGGUCUAAUUCUGUGAGCCCAUCAACAGCACUGGAUUCACUUGUCUGCAUCGUUCUAUUAUUCAAUUCUAUAUAACCAAUGUUGUAAAGAUCUGAACCAGCCCUCAGCCGUUUUUGUACAUGUUAAAUACUAUUAUUGUUUGGUUUUCAUGAUAACUUGUCUAACAGAUUACUUUUUUGGUGUUCUGUACUGUCCUGGACAAUGCUAAUUACACUUUAUGAUGUAUUUUGGUUCUACAUCAUAAUUUACCCUGGUUUCCCUAGACCAUAUUUUCCAGUUUUUUAACUUUUUUUUUUGUUGCAUUUACCCAUUGCAUUGUUAUUUCUGACAACUGUAAUUUGAAUCAGAUCUGAAAGAGGUCCAGAAUAAAAUAUAUUUUGAUAUUA